GUCACAGAGUGUGUGCACAACAGCAAGGAGGGCUGUGUUUGGUGGGUUUUGUCAGACAAAUACUGUAGUGAAACCCAAAUAUCCUUUUCAUAAUGGCUGCUGCUCAUCGUCUAGUGAUUGUACGCCAUGGCGAGAGCUCUUGGAACCAAGAAAACCGUUUCUGCGGCUGGUUUGAUGCAGAUCUCAGUGAGAAAGGCCUGGAGGAGGCGAAACGCGGCGCUCAGGCCAUCAAAGAUGCUGGAAUGAAGUUUGAUGUUUGCUACACCUCUGUUUUGAAGCGUGCCAUCAAGACUCUGUGGACCAUCAUGGAGGGCACAGACCAGAUGUGGGUGCCCGUUGUGCGCACCUGGCGUCUGAAUGAACGCCACUAUGGUGGUCUGACUGGUCUGAACAAGGCCGAGACAGCAGCCAAACAUGGAGAGGAGCAGGUUAAGAUCUGGCGCAGAUCAUUUGAUAUUCCUCCUCCACCUAUGGAUAAGGACCAUCCAUAUCACAAGAUCAUCAGUGAGUCAAGACGCUACAAGGGUCUGAAAGAGGGUGAGCUGCCCAUCUGCGAGAGCUUGAAGGACACCAUUGCUCGUGCCCUGCCUUUCUGGAAUGAGGUUAUUGUACCUGAGAUAAAAGCUGGCAAAAACGUCAUCAUUGCAGCUCAUGGAAACAGUCUGCGUGGCAUCGUCAAACACUUAGAGAGCAUGUCAGAUGCAGCAAUCAUGGAGCUGAAUCUGCCCACUGGCAUCCCCAUCGUCUAUGAGCUGGACAAAGACCUGAAGCCCAUCAAACCCAUGCAGUUCCUGGGAGACGAGGAAACAGUGCGCAAAGCCAUGGAGGCCGUGGCAGCCCAGGGAAAAGUCAAAAAGUGAACACCAGACCCAAAACCCAGAGACUAAAUGAAAGAUUACACAUGACACGGACAUGAACAUCACUCUUCCUCCUGAAACACUCUCACAUUACAUCCCGAUUUGUAAACCCUCUUGUAUUGGACUGCCCCGCUCUGACACAGCAAAUAAAUGCGAGCACCA